CACGACGUAGUCUUUUGGCCCGUACCUGCCGUUGUCAGUGUCACUCAUCGGCUACUCUAUCUGCGCCCAUUUCGACCACCAGUCAGACAUUCAACCAUUCAACCACUUCAGUCAUCCAGUCUUUCUGUCGCCCGUUGGUUAUCCAGCGUCCUCUCUACAAUUAUAACCACCCGAGGGACACGUAUCCUCGCAUAUUCACACCUUCACACGCCCUCAGCCUAGGGCUAUCCAGAUUUCCCUAGCUGUCAGCCAGUCUAAUCACAAGCACGCAUGUUCUAAGUCUGCGAAAACAACAUGGGCCAAACAAAGCGCCGUGAAGGCAAGUCCUCUCGCGCGCCCAAGUCGUCUCUGUUUGGAGGCGGCAAAUCCGGCGGUGGUAAUGCCGCACAACCCCAGAUCAAGAAGGCCGCCUUCGAAAUCACAAAAAAGAAGGAAGUCGGUGUCUCAGAUCUCACUCUCCUAAGCAAAGUCUCCAAUGAAGCCAUCAACGACAAUCUGAAGAAGCGUUUUGAGCAUGGAGAAAUUUAUACAUACAUUGGCCAUGUGUUGGUCUCGGUCAAUCCCUUUCGAGACUUGGGCAUAUACACCGACGCAGUCCUCGAUUCUUAUCGCGGUCGUAAUCGUCUCGAAGUCCCUCCUCAUGUCUUCGCCGUCGCCGAGUCGGCCUAUUACAACAUGAAAGCUUACAAGGACAACCAAUGUGUCAUCAUUUCUGGUGAAUCCGGCGCAGGCAAAACAGAAGCCGCCAAACGCCUGAUGCAGUACAUCGCUAGUGUCUCUGGCGGAACCGACAGCAGAAUCCAGAGAACCAAAGACAUGGUCCUAGCCACCAACCCCCUCCUCGAAUCCUUUGGCAACGCCAAAACCCUGCGAAACAACAACUCCUCCCGCUUCGGCAAAUACCUAGAAUUGGAAUUCAACGAGACCGGUGAACCCGUUGGUGCCAAAAUCACAAACUACCUCUUGGAAAAGUCUAGAGUUGUCGGCCAGAUCACAAACGAACGCAAUUUCCACAUCUUCUACCAAUUUACAAAGGCUGCCCCUAAAGAGUAUAGAGAUUUAUUUGGGGUUCAGACCCCGCAGUCAUACACCUAUACCAGCAGAUCAAAAUGUUUCGAUGUCCAAGGCAUAGACGAUGCCAGCGACUUCAACGAGACCAUCGAGGCCAUGAAGAUCAUCGGUCUCACCAAACCUGAACAAGACAACAUCUUUCGCAUGCUCGCCGCCAUCUUGUGGAUUGGCAACAUCACAUUCAGAGACAACGAUCAAGGAGGUGUCGACAUUGCCGAUCAGUCUGUCGUCGAUUUUGUCGCCUACCUGUUGGAGGUCGACUCAGCUCAUGUUCACAAGGCCUUGACCGUCCGCAUCGUCGAGACCGCUCGUGGCGGUGGCCGUCGAGGCUCCAUCUAUGAAUCACCAUUGAAUCAAGUCCAGGCGGGUGCCGUCCGAGACGCCCUCGCAAAGGCAAUCUACUUCAACCUCUUCGACUGGAUCGUCAUGCGGACAAACGUGUCACUGAGAUCACAGGGUGUCGUCAAGAAUACUGUGGGUAUCCUGGACAUUUACGGUUUUGAGAUUUUCGAAAAGAAUUCUUUUGAGCAGCUGUGUAUCAAUUAUGUCAACGAAAAGCUCCAACAGAUCUUCAUCCAAUUAACCCUCAAGACAGAACAAGAAGAAUACGCCCGCGAACAGAUCCAGUGGACCCCUAUCAAGUAUUUCGACAACAAGGUCGUCUGUUCACUCAUCGAGGAUAAGCGACCACCCGGUGUCUUUGCAGCUCUCAACGAUGCCUGCGCCACUGCUCACGCUGACUCGGGAGCAGCUGAUCAGACAUUCGUUGGCCGUUUGAAUUUCCUUUCCCAAAACCCCAAUUUCGAAAGCAGGCAAGGCCAAUUCAUCAUCAAACAUUAUGCUGGAGAGGUCAACUACCAAAUAGCCGGCAUGACGGACAAGAACAAAGAUCAACUCCUCAAAGAUCUGCUCAACCUGGUCGGUGAAAGCUCCAACAGCUUUGUCCACGAAAUCUUCCCAGAUCGCGUCGAUCAGGACGAUAAAAGGCGACCUCCAACUGCCGGUGAUAAAAUCAAACUGUCAGCAAACGAACUCGUCGAUACGCUCAUGCAAGCCCAACCCUCUUACAUUCGAACCAUCAAACCCAAUGAGAACAAGUCUCCCAAGGAGUACAACGACGCCAAUGUCAUGCAUCAGAUCAAAUAUCUGGGUCUGCAAGAAAACGUCCGCAUUCGCCGAGCUGGCUUCGCCUACCGUCAAACAUUCGACAAGUUUGUGGAAAGAUUCGCUCUGUUGUCCCCUCGAUUGUCUUAUGCUGGAGAAUAUACCUAUACCGGAGACGUCCAAACUGCUUCUCGAAUUAUUUUCAAAGACACCAGUAUCCCUGAAGAGGAGUACCAGAUGGGGACGACCAAAGCCUUUAUCAAGACUCCUGAAACUCUGUUUGGGUUGGAGCACAUGCGAGACAGAUACUGGCACAACAUGGCGGUCCGGAUCCAGAGAGCUUGGAGAAACUAUCUCAGAUAUCGUGCCGAGGCCGCCACCAGGAUUCAACGGUUCUGGCGAAAGUCAAAGGUCGGUGUCAAGGAGAUCGAGUUUCGGGACCGUGGCCACCAACUGUUGGCUGGCCGCAAGGAGCGUCGCAGGUACAGUCUGUUGGGGUCAAGACGCUUCGCUGGUGAUUAUCUCGGCCUCAAUUCCCCCGGCGGCCAAGGGAGGGUCCUUCGAGACGCCAUCAAUCUCAACCCCCAAGAACGUGCCGUUUUUUCCUCACGCUGCGAAUUACUGGUCACCAAGUUCGGAAGAUCCUCCAAACCCAUGCCUCGAAUACUGGUCCUCACCAACAAGGCUGUAUAUAUCGUGGUCCAGAACGUUGUUCAAAACCAGCUGCAUAUAAGCUCGGAGAGAACUAUUCCCAUCGGAGCCGUCAAGUUUAUCUCGACAUCGAAUUUGAGGGAUGAUUGGUUUGCUUUGGGGGUCGGGUCGUCUGCCGAACCAGACCCUCUCAUCAGCUGCAUCUUCAAGACGGAAUUCUUCCUCCAGUUCAAGACGGUCGCAGUGGGAGGAAUGAACCUCAAGAUUGGACCGCAGCUCGAGUACAACAAGAAGCCCGGCAAACCGGCGGUUGUCAAGGUUCAAAAAGAUCCCGCGGUACCGCGUGACGAUGUCUAUAAAUCAGGCGUCAUUCAUGUACCGAACGGAGAGUCGCCCAAUUCUGUUUCACGGCCGACUCCCCGGGGGAAGGCCGUUGCCAAACCAAUCACCUCUGGCAAACUGCUCCGACCUGGCGGGCCUGGUGGACAAUCCAAGCCUGCCGCUCGACGACCUGUCCCAGCCGCGAAACCAGCUGCUCAGACACCUCGCCCUGUUCCUACACCAGCAGCCGUCCAAGCUCCUCAACCAGUGCCCGUGGCACAGCCGAUGGCUGCGCGUCCCAUGCCAGGAAUUCGACCAAUUCCGCAGCCUUCAAACGGAUUGUCAUCACACACCAGAAACGAGUCAGCAUCGUCCGGUCGUCACGUUCCACCACCUCCUCCGCCUCCACCAGCAGCGCCUCCUGCCGCCCAAGCACCUGCGAAGCCUCAAGCCAAGGUCAAAUACGAUUUCAAUUCACCAAAUGCUAACGAGCUUUCCAUCACGGCUGGACAAAUUGUCGAGAUUGUGCAAAAGGAGUCAAACGGUUGGUGGCUUUGCAAGAAUCCCCAGACACAGGCACAAGGAUGGACACCAUCUGCAUAUGUUGAAGAGAUAGAGCAUGCGCGAGCACCUCCACCGCCGCCACCUCCAGCAGCUCCUCCGCGUGCCAUUCCCACCCCGUCUGUCGUUGUCAACGGACAUGCCAACCCAGCCGGCAGCGGCAUGAAGACCAAGCCAGGGCCACCGCCGCCACCGGCUAAAAGACCGGUGCCAGCAGCGCGAAAGCCUGGCGUGUCGCCCGCGCGAGACAGUGGCAUGAGUCUGGGUCCAGGAGAUGGGAGGGACUCUGGGCGAUCAACGCCGAACAGCAUUGGGGGAGGAAGUCUAGCAGGAGGCCUGGCCGAGGCAUUGCGGGCGAGACAAAGUGCGAUGAGUGGCAAGGCCAAGGAUGACGACGACGACUGGUAAAUGGAGACGACAGUGCGACCUGUGGAGGCUAGGGAGUAAGACGUUGCGACGACUACAUUCUACUAUUUGACGCAUUGAGCGAUAGCAAAUUGACUUGUUAGAGAGUCUCGUGACAUGGAGGUAUGUGGAUGAUGAAGAUGGGAUGUCUUCUGGCGAAAGAGAAGCAAUUACAUUGAGGAGAGGUCAAGAUAGAAACGUCUGAUUCCUCUGAUGACGAAUUCAAAUUCAACCAUACUUUGUAGAUACAUGAUGAUGGGUAACUCUAGUAAUGUUCUGCACAAGUUGAUCAAGAUAGUUGUCUCAUGAGGUGAGUUUGUCA